AAGUGCCCCGUUCCGGCCGAGUCGCAGUUUAUCCUGGAGACCGUUGUCAAGGAGCGAACGCCGCGUCGCUGGGCAACAACAGAGCGCGGAUUGUUCCGGGGGCCCUGAGGCGGCUGGGCUGAGCCCCGCGCCCCGGCAGCGGCCAUGGCCACGGCCUCCAUGCUCCCCGCGCGCACCCAGGAGGCGGUGGCGGCAGCAGCCAGCGGCACCUACAGCUACUGCAGCCGCCCCCGGACCCUGCCCGCCCGGCGGAGAUACCGGGGCGCCCCGGGACACAGCGAACAAGAGGAAGAACCUGUUCGCUAUGCGAACCUCAUGUAUGAUAGGAGAGUGGUACGAGGAAACACUUAUGCACUUCAUGCAUUACCUUGGACUGCUCAGCCUGACCCUCUUGAGAUCCAGAGACAGCGAGAGGCUCACAGGAAAGCACUUGCCAGAAAACGAGCAAAAGAGCAGCUUCACUCAAGAACUCCAGAGCCUGUAGAGGGGAGAAAGCAUGUUGAUGUGCAGACAGAGUUGUAUCUGGAAGAGCUUGGUGACCGCAUAAUAGAGGUUGAUGUGGAGUGUCAAACAGAUGCUUUUCUGGACAGACCACCUACUCCACUCUUCAUCCCAGCCAAAACAGGGAGAGAUGUGGCCACACAGAUAGAAGAAGGAGAGCUGUUUGACUUUGACAUUGAAGUCAAACCAAUGCUAGAAGUUUUGAUUGGAAAAAUCAUUGAACAAGCUUUGCUAGAAGUCAUGGAAGAAGAGGAGCUGGCCAAUCUGCGGGCACAUCAGUAUGCAUAUGAGGAAUUACGCAAUGCCGAGCUUACUGAAGUACAACGCCUUGAGGAGCAGGAGAGGCGACACAGAGAGGAAAAGGAACGUCGCAAAAAUCAACAGUCACAAUUGCUUCAAAAGCAUAAGGAGACUUCAGAAAAAAUUGCAGCAAGGGCAUUUGCUCAGCGUUACCUGGCUGAUCUCAUUCCUUCAGUCUUUAGUAGUCUUCGUGAGAGUGGAUAUUUCUAUGAUCCUGUAGAAAGAGAUGUUGAGAAAGAAUUUCUUCCAUGGGUGAUGGCAGAAGUAGAUCAGACAUUGGAGAAGAAGAUUCUGGGAAGGACAAUGCUUGACACACUGAUUCGUGAGGUGGUUAACAAGAGGUUAGAUGCAUUUGAUCAGCCAGAAGCAUCUGGCCAGCCUGCUGGACAAACAGAAACAUCUCAUCGAGGCUCUGUUCAGACAGAAGCAUUACAUCAAACAGAAACUCAGGAGCGUGAAGCUAAGUGAAGACUAAACCAAACAUCUAGUAAUCAGCUUGUCUUUGGAACAAAGAAAGACCACCUGGCAACAGAAUAUAAAAAGCUGCUGCAGCUCCUCCAUCUUGUCUUCAAUCCUGCUUCAUACCUCUGGAGGGACUUUGCUACACUGAAGCUUUGAACCAAGGACUGAAAGACCCAUCCCAGCUGCGGAUAUACUCCAGAGACUUGAUUUGAACCUGCAGUUUAUUCUACCACUGCUGCAAGCCUGAUCCAAGAACUUUGCCAUUACUGUAUGUAAUUGAUUCCAUUUAACCAAUUCUAGCUCUCAUCUGCAUCUUUUUCCUUUUAUGAAUAAACCUUUAGAUUUUAGAUUCUAAAGGAUUGGCAACAGCGUGAUUUGUAGGUAAGAUCUAACUUGUUUAUUGACCUGGGUCUGGGGCUUGGUCCUUUGGGAUCGAGAGAACAUUUUUUCUUUUACUGGGGUACUGGUUUUCAUAACCAUUUGUUCCCAUAACCAGUGGCACUGGUGGUGAUACUGGGAAACUGGAGUGUCUAAGGGAAUUGCUUGUGUGACUUUUAUGGUUAACCAGUGGGGUAAAACUAAAGUCUUCUCUGUUUGGCUGGUUUGGUUUGCCUUGGUGUGCAUAGAAGCCCCAGCCUUGGGCUGUAACUGCCCUGCUCUAAGCAAUUUGUCCUGAAUUGGCACUCUCAGUUGGGUCCCGCCAGAACCAGCAUCGUUACAGAAAGCUACUGAAUAAAUGAUUAAACCAUCAGUUUGUAAGCACCGAAAGGAUAAUAGGUUUAUAAAUAAUAGCCAGCAUGGAUCUGGGGAUGAUAGUGGAUCAUAAAUUGAAUAUGAGCCAACAAUGUGAUGCAAUUGGGAAAAAGGCUAAUAUUAUUCUGGGGUGUAUUAACAGAAAUGUCACAUGUAAGACAUGGGAGAUAACUGUCCUGCUCUACUCAGCACUGGUGAGGCCUCAGCUGGAGUGCUGUGUCCAAUUCUAGAUGUCACACUUUAGGAAAUAUAUGGAUAACUUGGAGAGAGGCCAGAGGAGAGCAACAAAAAUUAUAAAAUUAUUAGAAAAACUGACCUAUGAAGAAAGGUUAAAAAAAACCUGGCAUCUUUAGUCUUGAGAAAAGAAGACUGAGGGGGGGACAGCAUGCUAACAGCAUGUUAAGUGCUGUUAUAAAGAGUCUAGGUUUACUUGGUUCUGCCUCAGUGCAAGGAGCUGGAUUUGAAGGCCUCUUGAGUUCCCUUUCAGCCCGACAUUUCUGUGAAACCUGGGAGAGAUUUGGGGGUUGCAGACAUACCCUCUAGAGCAUUUGACAAAAAUACAGUGGAGCAAAGUCCAGAGCUAGACACUGUUCAUCUCAGUUUGAUUUAAAAGAAAGAAAAAAAGAAAAAAGAAACACUGUUCAGUCUCAGACAAAAUGUGGACUGUGAUUGCCAGAGCAACAGCUCAACCGUGUGGCCAGGACAGCAUGUUCCCAGCCCCUGUCACCAAUUCAUGGGGGAGCACUCAGUCCUAGAUGGGAUUUUGUUUAAAGAUACCAGGAUGGUGGUUCCUAAGGUGUUAGAAAAAAAAUAUUUUUAAAAGGAUACAUGAAGGUCAUUUAGGGACUGAAAAAUCUAAGAAGACCUAGAGACAUUUUAUA